CAUUUCGGUUUUUAUUUGUGCAAACGUAAACCAUAUAAACACUCAGUUUUAAUCACUUGAACGGCUUUGAGCCGAACGGUUGUGUUUAUCACAUUACUGAAAGUGCUGUUCAAUUUCAGUGUUGAAUUUAUUUUCUCGAGAAUUGAAAAAUUAAUAAAAGCAGACAAAAAUUGAAAUAUUUAUUUUCACAAAACAAUUUGAAUUUUUGUUGAUACCAAAUAAUUGACUGAUUUGUCGCAAAAAUAUAUUUAAGGUGCUUCAAAAUGCUCAAAACAGAUACAAUGCCUCGCAGUGCUUGGCAAAAAAUACAAACGUAUUUAAAUGUUCUAAAUCAUGUGAUGAUUUCGAUUGUGGCUGUAUAUAUGACUUUUUUGUGUUAUAAUGCUGGAAAUAGAGCGAUCAGCUGGCAUGCGUGGCUGUGCACACUUGGUUAUCAAUUGUUGAUGACACAAUCGAUUUUAGCAUUUUAUUCAGAAAAUGUAUGGUCAAAAGAACAUAAAAGACAAACCCAAAAAAAACUCCAUUGGGUUCUACAAGCCGUCGGCUCAUCGGCUGCCAUCGUUGGAAUGAUUGUUGAAUACAUUGGACGAAGUCAAAAAUUGAAAUCACAUUUUUCGAGUACACAUUCGAUCAUCGGUUUGAUUGCAGGCAUCUGGACGUUAACUGGAAUGUUCAACGGCAUUUUUGCUCUAUGGGCUGUCGAAUUGAAAAAAUAUUUUCGACCCAUCUAUCUCAAACUUGCACAUAAUUUAAACGGGCUCAUAGCAUUUGUGUUGGGUAUGACAAGUCUUUACUUUGGAUAUGAUAAGGGAUUCAUGAAAUUAAAUUCACGUGAAGAUAUUCGUUUGUGGUUACAGGCAUUGGCAAUUAUAACGAUCCUCUUGUCGUUGGUUGGUGCCAUACGCUCUUCACUCCAUUUAAUACGUGUUGCGUUUUUUAAAUAAUUUCAAAUGAUGUAAAAUUGUAUAAAAUCCAUUCGAAAUACAUAAAUUGAAUAACAAAUUCAGUCACUGGGAAAA